AUGAGCGAUUUACCAGAGGUUGAUGUGGAUCGGCUGAUUUCUGCAGUGCAAUGCAAACCAAUGCUGUGGGACAAAAUUUGUGAAAAAUAUAAGGAUACAUUUAAGACGCAAGAAGCUUGGAAAGAUGUUUGUGUUGAAAUUUUUAACGACUUUGAUGACUCUGACGUCUCUAAAAAUAUAGAAUUGGGUAAACACGUUCUGAAGAAGUGGACGCAAGUGAGAGACUCGUACCAAAAAUCAAUUAGCAAAACCAAAACCAAAUCGGAAGCAGGGGCGUCAAAAGCAAAAGCCUACAUUUAUGCAUCUCAGUUGCAGUUCCUGAACAAAAUAUUUGAAGAAAGAGGAACAGAGGACACUCUCUCACAAAAUAUUGAUGAUAAUCAUAGUGGUGUUGCGGAUGUAACUGUUGCAAAUGACGAGAAUCCUAUAUAG